GCCGGCCCUACCCGACCGCGCAUGCGGCUGGGCCGCGCCGCCGCGCUCGGGGCUUGGGGCGGCGGCGUCGCUUCCCCCGCUGCGCGCCCCGCCGCCCCGCAGAUGGGCUUGGGCUGGAGCAGCGCCGAGGAGCGGCGGCCGCUGCUGCCGCCAGCCCCGCCGCAGCGGCGGCCGCAGCAGCCGCGGGGGGCGGCGGCGGCGGGGGGCCCGGCGGCGGCGGUGCCGGUGGCGGUACCGGUGCGGCGGCUGGCGCCGGCAGCGGGCCGCGUCUACGGGCGGCGGUGGCUGGUGCUGCUGCUCUUCUCGGUGCUGGGCUUCGCGCAGGGGCUGGUGUGGAACAGCUGGGGGCCCAUCCAGAACUCGGCCCGCCUGGCCUUCGGCUUCAGCGGCUGGGACAUCGCCCUGCUCGUCUUCUGGGGGCCCAUCGGCUUCGUGCCCUGCUUCUUCUUCAUGUGGCUCAUGGACAAGAAGGGUUUGAGAGUAACUGUGUUGUUAACAUCAUCCCUGAUGGUAUUGGGAGCUGGCCUAAGAUGUGUUCCAGUUUCAGACCUAGAAAUAAGGAAGAAGCUGAUUCAUGGAGGACAGCUGUUAAACGGCUUGGCAGGGCCAACGGUGAUGAACGCUGCGCCAUUUCUUUCCACUACCUGGUUUUCUCCGGAUGAACGUGCCACGGCGACAGCCAUCGCGUCGCUGCUCAAUUACCUGGGUGCUGCCGGUGCGUUCUUGGUGGGACCUCUCGUCGUUCCUUCUCCUAAUGGGACAUCGCAUCUCCUCCUGGGGUCAGAAGGCAACACUGAGCACAUCAAGGACCGCAUUGAGGCUGUACUGUAUGCAGAAUUUGGAAUGGUUUCCUUGAUAUUUUCUGCAGCGUUGGCCUACUUCCCCUCGCGCCCUCCGUUCCCUCCCAGCGUGGCUGCAGCUAGUCAACGGCUUAGCUACAGGAGAAGUUUUUGUAGACUCUUAAGCAAUUUCCGAUUCUUGAUGAUUGCUUUAGCCUAUGCUAUACCAUUGGGUGUUUUCUCUGGCUGGUCUGGUGUUCUGGAUUUGAUAUUAACACCAGUUCAUGUAAGCCAAGUAGAUGCAGGCUGGAUUGGAUUUUGGUCCAUAGUUGGAGGUUGUGUUGUUGGCAUAGCAAUGGCAAGAUUUGCAGAUUUUAUCAGGGGCAUGCUGAAAUUUAUACUGCUGCUGCUUUUAUCUGGAGCAACAUUAGCAUCAACCUGGUUCACUCUCACCUGUCUAAAUAGUGUCACUCAUCUGCCUUUAACCACAGCUACGCUGUACACAUCCUGUAUUUUGCUGGGUAUAUUCCUGAACAGUAGCGUACCAAUAUUCUUCGAGCUCUUUGUGGAAACGGUCUACCCUGUUCCAGAAGGAAUUACCUGCGGAGUCAUUACCUUUUUGAGUAACGUGUUUAUGGGAGUGCUUUUGUUUUUCCUCACAUUUUACCAUACAGAGUUUUCCUGGUUCAACUGGUGCCUCCCUGGGUCGUGUUUGCUCAGUCUGCUCCUCAUUCUGUGCUUCCGGGAGUCCUACGACAGACUCUAUCUCGAUGUGGUUGUCUCUGUUUGAUAUCACAGAAUUGGGGAAGGUUCAGAAGAGACCAGAAGUCAGUUUUGCAGUCUGCACACCCGCCUGGAUUUGCACAGCCAAAUAGAAGAAAAACCAAGAAAUUACAAGACUUAAGAGUGGCUUUAUUAGCGAGAAUGAGGGAAAGGUGAUUUCUUAUGAUCAAGACCACCUUGAUUUGCUUUCAUUACAAGGCAGAUAAAUGUGGAACUUGGGUGACGAUGAAGCUACCUGAAAUGCACAGAUAGAAUAUAGCUGAUUUACAGGUUCUAAUGUCAGAACUUGGAUCCUUUAUUUAAAAGGCUGUUCAUGUAGCAGUGAAACGUACAAUUCCUUAUGUGUGUGUGCGUGUGUGUCUGCCAACUCAAGGUUGUAUUAGGUAUCUGCACACACCGGGGUACCAGUAACUUUUGAGUCUUCUAUCAGAAUAGGCAUAGUGAAUAAUCUUAAGAAAAGGAGAAGGAAAAAAGAAAAAGGAAAAAAUCUUUUUUUAGAAAAAUCUGUGUUUUAAAUUACUAGUCAUUUAUAUAAUGAAUGUCCAUUAAAUAGUUAAGCUAAAAUAAUUUGGUGCUUGUACACUACAUUUACAUUCUAAUAAAGUUAUUUCUGAUAUAAGACACUGGUACCAGGGUUUUUAGCCAUACUAAAUGUCCCAAACAAUCCUUGCAAUGUUGUUAGAGGUGUUUAAUUAUCACCCUGGAGCACGUGUAUACUGAAUGAUAGCUAUAGCUGCCACUAAAACCUGACUUGCACAGAUAGGAAGUAGCCUCUGAAAUACCACUGUGGUUCUGUGUGUCUUCAGUAGAAGCCAUCUGUGGUAUCUCAGAAGUUUACUGCAGAGUCACUGUUGGUAAAUGUUGCUGUUUUUAAGGCCACCACUGUGUUACCCUUUCAUCCCCCAUCUCCAGUUCUACCUUUUUUACCGUGAAGACCCUAAAUGCCCCUAAAUACUGUUGGUGUGGGUGUUUGAGUCCUGCUGCUUCUCUUCUGAUACUCUAAGGUAUGCAUGUUUUUUAGGAUUAGUUUACAAUUGAGGGUGCCUAAACAAUAUAGUUUGUUAAUCUAAGUCUUGAAAAUCAGUUUUCUGAAAAUAUUUUCUAGUUAAUGAGGUGCCCCGAUGGCGAAGAGACAAUGAGAAAUGACUUGUGAGUUUUGGCAUAACAUGGGAAUUACAAUGCCAGCUCUUUUUGUCAGUACUAAUUUGUGGUCUUUCUGGCCCUUACUUGAACAUAAAUAUCAAAGACACUUUGAAUAGUUUUUUAAUUCAAUUUUAAACCUGCUAAUAUUUUCUUAAUUAUGUGCUCGUAUUUCAGUUGAGCAUCACUUACAAUAUUUCCAUUUGUGUACUAUGCUUUGUAUUAGAUUUGUGUGUGUGCAUAUUUAUAUCUAUGUAUUCACAAAUAAAACUUAUAUAUAUUUUAUAUAUAUAUAAGUUAUAUAAGGGUAUGUGUUUACAUAGGUUUAUUUUAAGUAAUCAUGUCUCUGAAUGGUAGUAUGCCACUGGUUGUAACUAAACAAGUCACUGCUGUGAAUGAAAUAGCAUACAUACGCUGUCAGUGACAUGAUUUUUAAUUUUUUUUGAUGAGGUGAAUGCUUUCCUAUUGUAGCUAUUUUAUAGCAAGUGUGCUGCUUCAGUAGAAGUUUGAUUAAACACCCUCUGCUCCUAUGAGGGGCUCUUCUCUGCCACUUUUGAGCGACACGGUCACUGUAAACUCCCUCAAAUACAACCUGGGUGGACUGAGCGCUACCUUUCAGACACGUAGCCGUUCGUUCCAUCUUCCCUCCUUUUGCGGAGAGAAUAUGUCGUUACUACCUUCAACUCAGGAGUGUGCAGUAAAAUAAAAUAAGUUGUUCCACGGCAUCUACUUUUAUGUUUUCAGAAGAAUGGAUGUAUUUACUGCAGUAAGGAGCAGGAAAUGGACUUCACUUACUGCCUGUGUCAGCCACUAAAAGAGCUUUUCUCUCUCGAAAUGGGCUCUUUGUAGACAACGGAACUAACUUAGGUUGAGAUAACUAAAUCGAUCUAACCAGCACAUUCAAAAGUGCUGGCAUCAUCCUUUUAUUGUUUUUCAGAUGAAUGGUAUUAACUGUCCAGCUUCUUUUUACUAUGUUUCAGUGCCUGGAAUAGUUUCAGUGUCCAGUAGCUGCUGCUACCUGUUGUCCUCUGCAAACCAGAGGGGCUCGCCAAAGGUUUGAUUGGAGUUGCGUUGUCAUGGCAGGACUGCAAGCCUGGAUGGCUCUUUGGAGCUCUGCUUCUGCAAUUUACCGUGGCUAUAUUAAGACUAAAAUAGUGCAGUUCAGGCACUGUCCCGAGUGACAGAUUUCCCAUUCUUUCAGUGUCCUGAGUAUUCUAAGAUGGAGAAGCACUUGAGGCCAUGUUCAGUCUGUCAGCUACUGUUCCUCUGUGCCAGAGAGCAAUUCAAAAUAUUUGUCAGGGCUGCCAGAUCCAGACUCUGCAUAUAGCUAGGGGAGAAGAGUGAGUAUCUUGGUUUAGGCUCUCUCAAUUGCUCUUCUGAGGCAGUGUGAAUUGCUCACUGCUCUCCUGAGCUUCGAUGCUCUGGUAGAAGUGUCUGUGUCUGCCUUGGGCACUCUAGUGCAGGGUCUAAUUAUGGCGCUCAGUGCCUGUACACCAAAAUGCAAACAUCACCUAGAGCUGAGCAGUACAACAGGGCUCUGCUGAAGACCUGUGGUGUGACUACAGGCACCGUUCUGCAGUUCACCCUCAGCCUGAAUAUCCAAGGAGUCUGAUGGAAACCUGCCUGCCUAAAAACCAAGGGAUCGCUCCCAAAUUACUUCAAGUUCUGCAGCAGUAGGGCACUGCCGUAUUCCAUGCACACGAUUUUGGGUCUUUAAGAUUUUAUCGAAUUAGCAAGUCUGGUUUGGCACAGGAGGUGGGCAGUGCAGAUGUACUUUCUGAGAUGUCUAAGAUAAGUUAUCUACAUCUGACAUCAGUAGCAGGAUUUUUCUUUGGAGGAGCAGUCCAUUUCAUGUCAGUACCCUAACUGAAGCCCAUGGGAGUUAUUUGAACAAGGGUUAUCAAAUUUGUCCACCCGUGUUCUGUUUUUCCAUGGGUAAAAGCUUUCAGGAUAAUACUACUCUGUUGAAAGUGAGAGUUUAAGACCAGAGGGAGAGCCCUAAGCAGUGCUAAGGCACUGUAGCCCUACAUUGCUUUUCAUCUGGACACCUGGAAUAACAAUUUUUCUAAGUGCUGCAGAGCCUCUUGAAUAUGAAUAAAUGUGCUGUGUUUUGUAUUGAAAAUGCAAGGAAAGAUGCUCUACAGUGACUAUGCUCUCUUUAAUAGAUCUUCAUUUUAAGUAGCUUUAUUCUGGGCUGUUCCUUAGGUUUCUGCUUGGCUCAGUAAUGGCUGAAUUCAGGUGCCAGUUCAGCUGGCUCUUUCUUCUUGCUAACUCUUGAACUGUGUUAACUUUCAUGCUGCUAAUGAGGAAGCUAAGAUUUAGAAGAACUAAGCUCCGCUUAGAGCACUGUUUACUAUAGCUUUUCACUGUUUUUAACCAUUAAUUUCCCUUUGAUUCCUUUGCCUUCCUCAGUGGCCUUCUGCUCCCUUCAUGUAGUGUCUGUGCAGGUAUUGUAGAGAAGCACUUUUGAAUUCCCAAGUCAAAUUUAGAUUGGCCAAGCAUCUAUUUAAUAAGCAUGGAUACAGUGAUUUUUAGAAAACCCAUGCAAGCAGGAGGAAGCUGCAAACCCAAAGGAUUUAACAUGUUCUUUGUACCGUGUAUGUAACCAGAUAGUCUGUUAUAAAAACAUAUAACUGUAACUUGACUGAAAUUUAUAAAUUUGGCUCCUACACUCAUGGAGGCCAAACUAGUGAUGUACCAUGCACUAUGUAUUCAGGUUUGCAGCAUGGCUGAGGUAUUGCAAAUCAUCUGACAGGUCUAAAAUGGGAGUGGGAUGUCUUAAGUCUUCAAGUGGGUUGGAAAAUGCCAGGCUGCAUCUGUGCUGGCAUUCAUAGCUCCACAGAGUGAUAGGCUGAUGGAUCAAAUGCGGGAAGGAGAGGUUUCUAUAGGGCAUUUAGACACUGAAAUACUGGGUUGAGUUGAUCAAAUCCGUCUAAAACUUCAAGUUGCUUGGUGACAGCAAUGUUAACACCUGGCUUUUUCUACAGUAAUGUUCGUUAAACUUAGCAAAUGAAUGCAUAGCCUUACAUUUAAAAAAAAAUAAAAAGCAAUGAAUUGAUUCAUAUGCAUAUAUUGACUGCUACUAGAAAGGGAAGUGCUGUUCAAUUUGCGAGGCUUGACUAAAAUAUGAAUGGGGAUUAUACAAUUUACCCAGUGGAUUUAAUUGUCCCAUAAUGCUAUGACAGCAGGGUUUUUUAAAUUGUUAAUCUAGCAUUUCUUAUGUUGGGUCACUUGAAAAUCUUAAUUACUAUUUCUGGCAAAGAUUUUCCUUGUUUUUUUUUUUUUUAAUGUUUCAUUAGUUUUUUUUUUUUUUUACUGUAGGUAUAGAUCAUUGCAAUAAUUUAGCAAGAUAACUGCUACACUUGUAUGAAUCUGUAUGUUGGUAUUUGGUAUUGAUUUGUAUUUGGUAUCAGAGAGAUAGGAUGUGUGUGAGGGUGUGAGAGAGACUGCGAGGGCACGAAGGAGAGAGGAGGGAUGGUGGAAGUCACAGACAUGCAGUCGCGUAAGGUUAAAUGCUGCCCCCUGAAGCGAGCGGGGACUUGUGUGUUACCUGCCGUGGCUCUGGGACGUGGAUCGCGGAGUUAAGGCUGUGGAGGAGGUGGGCAGGUGAAAAAAUUAAAAAAAAAAAGAGUAAUUGCUGCCUUCCUUCUGACUCAGAGACAGUUUUCAGGCUUGCUCCUUCCUGCACGUGUGUGUGUGAGAGAGAGAUCAAAAGUAUCAACAUACAGUUCAUUCAUUUCUCUGCAGUUAUUACUGGUAAGACGUUGCUUGUGGGCGGCGUAGCAGUAUCUGUCUUGCUCCAUCAUGGAGUCUGAUUUCGGAUGGCCGAGACCAAUAUCAGUGGAGGCAGCAGCCACAGUAACAUCAGAAGAUGAUGUCAAUCUGCUUAUAAUUUUCACAGUUUGUGCUUCAAGACAGAUGAAACAGUAAUAGAGGAGAAAAACUCUGUCCAAAAUUUUGACAAGCAGAAGCAAAUACUUGCACAGAUGCUCCGGCUCUGGCUUUCCCUCAGGAUCGCGGUACGUUUGGAGCAAUGCGUCCCAAGCGGAGUGGCUCCUGCAGGAAGCGUUCGCAGCAGGACUGCGGGGAGAAGAGGUCGGUGCCGAGGAGGAGGUGGAAGGGGCCGAAGGAUCUCCGUAAGACGUUAUGUUCUUAGGUGUUUGGUUUAUGUGUUUUCUGUGGCCCGGUUUGAGCUGUGUUAAGGGGAUCUCGUCUUCAGGGAUACCUGCUCCCUCCGCACACCUGUGAAACGCCACUCAAAAUCCAGGCUCCUAAAGUUAAUCCCUUUUGGAAAUUUUGGCUUUCUGUUUUCUUAAGCUAGGCCUUCACCUCACUCCUGACUCCAGUGUUCGGAUGAGCAUUUCACAAACCUGCCUGUUCCGGUGAUGUGGUCUCGUGGCACUUUAGGAAAUACAUUGCUGAGCUGGUGGGUUAGUUGCUGAUGCGUCCUCGAGGUGUUUAUUUGGCACAGUCUGACCUAGCAUCGAGGAGAGCGGGUGGAAAUUGUCUGUCUUCCUGGUGUCUUCCGACUGCUUUUGCUCAAAUACCUUUUUUGUGCUGCUUUCGGGGAUUGCCCUCGGAGGUUAGCACAAGGUGGACGAAGGGGGUUUUGUGCCAUCUUGGAUGGCUUAAAAUCCGUCCUGCUGUGCACAACGCAUGCAAACUCUCAAGGAUGAGAUUCUUAGCUUUGUUUUGUCUGCGACAUCAUUUGUGCUGGAACAAAUGUUGUUUUGGCACUCAGCUUCAAGUGACACAUGCAGAAGUACUUUAAAGUCGCUGGUUUUUCAAGGUGUAGCAGCCGAGGAACGUGUGACUUGCUCUUUUCAAUAAAAGCCUUUUCUUGCACGGUGUCGCACACCGCUCGCUUCCCCCAUGUGAUUUCUUCACUUGUAUCCAGACAGGUUUGUUGUGCUCACUUUGUAUUGCUACGUGAAGGAAAAUAUCAUGAGCAAAUUGUUUGUUUUGUUUUUAAUGAGGCGCUUUUCCACUUCAGGCUCAGGCCACUCCUCCAGCCUUGCUCCAUCUGUAUGUAAAAGCCAAAAAACCCCUGUGUUUUCCCUUGCAGAGGUGACGUGUGGACUUGUGAUACCGAGCGGGUGUGCAAUGGCUGUAGGUGCGUUUCCCCUGCUGGGAUCGGGUUUGGUUAUUGAACAGCUGCUUGAAUUUAUUUUGAAAUACUCGCUGCCCUUUUCUGCUACGCCGCGUGUUGCAGUUGCCCGCGCACCUCGUGCGGGGCCCUGGGGGCAGCGGCGCGGGAGAGGCCGAGGCACCUCCAGCUCCUUCCGGGUGCCGAGUCGCGCGUCAAAGCAGCGCCGGGGCCGCGCGUCCUCCAGCUGCAAAACCUUUGGUUUCUGGGUUUGAGGGUUUUUUCCACAUGUGGCUGCCCGCCUAUCUGCAGGACCCGGAGAAAUACUGAUUAAAAUCUCUCUUGCUUGCGAAGUUUAACAUCUUCAACGAUGCAUUUUAGAAAUAAAGUAUUUGAUAAGGUGGAAAGACUGGCUUAGGGUCAGGGAUUUUUUAAAUUAUGUUAGCAUAUAGAAAAAUAAGAGGGUUUUAUGUGUUGGAGUGCAUCUUUAUAAACAAUCCUCAAACUGUAAGACUGUUCAAUUUUACUGGAGUUUGUAUGCAUUUUACUUUUGUAAAUUUUUAAUGAUUUGAUAGAAUUUUAUUUUAGGGCAAAUUCUACUUUUUGUAUGCAAUAUUCUGAUGUGAUGUAUUUUUAUUUUUCAGAAAAUAAUGUUUGAACCACUAUAUACUUGUAGACGUAACACAUCCAUCAUGUCAUUUCUUUGGAAAACUGGAACCUUACCGUGGAGUGCGUGCUACUUGGCGUACCGGGUGUUGCACAUUAAAAGGAUGACUCAUA